AUGGAAGAAUUUAUACAAAUAUCAGCACUUUUAGCAGAAUAUUUAUUUGAUAAAUAUCUAUUUCCUUCGUCACCAUCCAAAAAUGAUUUAUUUAGUAAAGAACAAGAGACAAGGACAGUUCAGACAUCUGUUUGGCAUUACGCUUCUACAAGUCAAAGUCUACUAUUUGACUUUUCUUAUUGUCCUCUCUUCAGUCAUCUAAUAAAGCCAAAGCAGCUUAUAACUGCUUGUAUUCAAUCUUCCUUACCCGCUCAUGCUACUGUCUCUAUUCAAUUCUUGACUCCAUUUUUAGUUGAACUCAUGAUCCCACCAAAUCAACUCACACAGUUACAUCAACAAACGUUUUCUAUUCUUCAGCAUAAGGGAAUUCAAGUGAAUGAUAUCUGUAUCAAACCUACCUUGACAUUGAUGAUACCAUCCAAUAAACGAGUAAGACAUUGGCAAUUGACCCUAUUUGAUAUACCAUUUGAUUACUUGAAGGGCUUGAAUACAAGUCAAGAAAAGGACAGAGUAAGAGAUCAAGUAGCGAAUGAAAUAAGUUUAGCCUUCAAAUUAACCAAAGGAUCUGCUGCCUUCCUUAUCCAACAUGUCUAUUUCAGUACAGAGACGAGAUUAGAUGACGUUCAUGGAUCUAUCACCGUGCUUGCUGAAGAAUGGGUGAAUAGUAAAUCCGCUUUUUCUAAGCAUCCACCAAGGACACUGAUUUAUUUAUCUUUUCUCAAAAGAUAUUUUCCAAUCACCAUUACUUUGAUAGAAGAAAACAAAGUAAAACAAACAAUGUCUAACAUAAUAGAAUUAAAAUCAAAAGUUGAAACACUUAAAGAUCGACUUGAUGUUCUUGUGGAUGAUAAUAAAAAUUUAGAUGACGAAAUUCAAAUGGCACAAUGUAAACUUGACAACUUGACCAUGCCAAAUAUAAAAACACUGUUAGAGCAAGAGAAGCAAAAGCAAAAGACUUUAGAAGAAAUGACGAAAAAAUUAGAGCACUAUUUAGAAAUGACAGAGGAAUUAGAGGCUAAUGGAGUGUUGGAUGAUGAUAAAACAGAAGACUUACUACGAAAAGAAUUAGAAGAAAAGGAAAUCAUGAUCAAGUCCAUUCGUGAAGAUCUAAACAACCGAUUAAAAGAAUUAGAGAGAUUAAAACAUUAA